CUUCUUCGCUAGCUCCCACCCGUAUCAUUACACAAUUAAUACAGUGACGCUUACUUUACUUACACCCUGACCCACACGGAAUGAAUCGCCUAGUCGUGGACCCCUGAUCCAGAGAAAUUGUACUGAGUACUAUGGCGGAUGGAUCCGAUCAUCGUUUUUUAAAACAUAAAUAGCGGGUGUUGCUCCUCGCUUUCAUUCAUUUUUGUUACAACUGUCUACUACCUACUACUACUAUCUACUUAGAUACUUAUCUAUCUCUACCCUCACCUAUUCACAAACAACAACAACACUCUACACUACACUACAGUCAAAAUGGUCUUCAACUGGUUCAAGUCUUCCAAGGAGGAAUCCUCCGCUACUCAACAACCCUCCUGGGACGCCAACACCAUGACCAUGCAGCAGCCUUCUAGCCCCGAGGCUCCUUCCACUGAGCGCGUCGUUACGCAGCAGCCUAACACCCAGGAAGAAAUGAAGAUGGGUCUGCGUGGUGGUGGUGCCGGUGAUGUGUGCUGCGGAGUUUGCGCCGGUCUUCUCUGCUUCGAGUGCUGCGAGGAGUGCUGCUAAGCAAAUACCUUCCUCUCAUACAUACGUUCGACUACCGUCUCCGUAUCUUGAUGAACAAAAGAUAUUGAAAAAAGAAUAAUAAGGAAACGGACAUGUGCUGCCCAUCUAUGAGACGAGCUAUGAAAUACGGAC